UCUCUCCCCAGCGAAGUUUACAGGACGAUAAGAGCUUCGGGAGUGUAAAGGGAAUACUUGCUAAGCUCUGCCUCCUCUAUUAUUUAUGUCCAGGCAUGAUUUAUGAGGAAUCAAAGAUGAACUUGGAGCAGGAGAGGCCUUUUGUCUGCAGUGCCCCAGGCUGCUCACAGCGUUUUCCUACAGAAGAUCACCUGAUGAUUCACAGGCACAAACAUGAAAUGACUUUGAAGUUUCCUUCAAUAAAAACAGAUAAUAUGUUAUCAGACCAGACUCCCACCCCGACCCGCUUUCUGAAGAACUGUGAGGAGGUUGGCCUCUUCAACGACAUCGACUGCUCCCUGGAGCACGAGUUCAGGAAGGCACAAGAAGAAGAGAACAACAAAAGGAAUAUCUCCAUGCAUAACACAGUCGGAGGAGCAAUGGCAGGACCUGGUUCUCACCAACUGACAAAUACAAGGAUGCCAAACCACGACACCAGCGUUGUGAUUCAACAAGCCAUGCCAUCUCCACAGUCCAGUUCAGUCAUUACACAAGCACCUUCCACAAAUCGACAGAUUGGGCCUGUCCCAGGUUCUCUAUCUUCACUACUGCACCUACACAACCGACAAAGACAGCCUAUGCCCGCCUCUAUGCCUGGCACCCUGCCCAACCCUACCAUGCCUGGAUCUUCUGCUGUACUCAUGCCUAUGGAGCGACAAAUGUCAAUGAACUCCAACAUCAUGGGGAUGCAGGGGCCGAACCUCAGUAAUCCGUGUGCUUCACCUCAAGUCCCCCCAAUGCAUUCAGAAGCCAAAAUGAGACUGAAGGCAGCACUGACUCACCAUCCUGCCGCCAUGUCCAACGGGAAUAUGAACACCAUGGGACACAUGAUGGAAAUGAUGAGCUCGCGACAGGACCAGAUGCCACACCACCAUAUGCACUCACAUCCUCAUCAGCACCAGACACUGCCACCUCAUCACUCAUACCCACAUCAGCACCAGCACCCGGCACACCAUCCUCAUCCUCAGCCUCAUCACCAGCAGAAUCAUCCCCACCACCACUCUCAUUCGCACCUGCACACACACCCGGCACAUCACCAGACCUCGCCGCACCCCCCGCUGCACUCAGGCGGACAAGCACAGGUUUCGCCGGCAGCAGCGCAGCAGAUGCAGCCCACGCAGACGAUACAGCCGCCACAGCCAACUGGAGGUCGCCGGCGGAGAGUGGUGGAUGAAGACCCGGAUGAGAGGAGGCGGAAGUUUCUGGAAAGGAACCGAGCGGCUGCCACGCGCUGCAGACAGAAGAGGAAGGUCUGGGUGAUGUCACUGGAAAAGAAAGCAGAAGAGCUCACCCAGACAAACAUGCAGCUUCAGAAUGAAGUUUCCAUGCUGAAAAAUGAGGUAGCACAGCUGAAACAGUUAUUGUUAACACAUAAAGACUGUCCGAUAACAGCUAUGCAGAAAGAAUCGCAAGGAUAUCUAAGUCCCGAGAGCAGCCCUCCUGCAAGCCCGGUCCCAGCUUGCUCCCAGCAGCAAGUCAUCCAGCACAACACCAUCACAACCUCCUCCUCCGUUAGCGACGUCGUGGGAAGCUCCACUCUCACCCAGCUCGCCAGCCACAGAACAGACAUCAACCCCAUCCUUUAAAAGUGGUUGAUCAGAAACUGCUAGGGGAGUGUGGUAGCAUAUCAAAGCACCCUCUGUGCUAAGGACUUUUGCAACCGUAACUCAAGCCUGGAAGAUUCCUCAGUUCUUGAAAGACUCUGGCUUUCAUUUUUAUAGUUAUUAAAAUGUCUUUUAUACUUAGUUACAUAAAGGGAGUUAUGCAAUUAAUAUGCUAUCAGCUUGAGAAAUGCUUUGGUGCUUUCUCCAGUUUUUUUGGUACCAGUUACUUGUUUAUAAACCUAACUGUUUCUGUACAUAGUCAUGUUUCCUUCCCACCAAUCUAGCCUGAAGCCUCAGAAAUAUGGAGUUGUGUUAAACUGCAGCUUGUUAACCAACGUGAGGCAUGAAAAGUAUUAAACAGAGUAAUACAUAGGUAGCUAGGAGUAAUUAGGCUAUAAAUAUAGAAAGAGGGCAUCUGCUGACAGCAUAAUAAAAAAUGAGUUAGCAUUGUGCUAUCAGCAGACUCCAUCUUGCAUGCAGAGCCUCUUUCAAAGCGGUUAUAUAGGAUAUGGCUAUCAGGACAAAAUCAAGCCCAAAUAACGUGCUCUUUUGUCUAGCUCUCCCCCUUCUUCUCUCUCCCCUGCCCUGGCCUUUUUCUCCUCCAGUUAUUCUUACACCUUCCUUUUCCCUUUCCAAACCCUUUUCAUCCCCAAGCUUUUUUUUUUUCUUUCCUGCUCUUUUUUGCCCCCCUCCCCCCACCCCCCAUUCUAAGGCUUUCUUGCUUCCCUCUCAUUUUCUCAAAGAAUGGUGAUGAACAAGCAAAAACUUCAAGCCCACCUAAAAACUGUCAGCACGGCUGCUGCUUUCACUAACUCUUCACCCGCAGCUGGGCUGCAAGGAGCGUUUGGCUUUUAAAAACCAGAAAUACUCCUGAUUUAGUGUUUUUAAUAAACAGCAAAAGGCAAAAGCAGUGCAGCCCCAGGUGAAGCAGGAUCGAGAGGCAGCUGUGUUGAUGCUAGCAGUCCUGUAAGCUUUGGUGGCACGGUACAGGCAUAGCAAGCAACACCUGAGAAUCACAGGAGUUCCUUUGCACUGCUAGUCAUUAACAUAGCAAAAUCCAUCUAGCAUGUAAUGAUUCGGAAAAGUUCUGUUCCCUAACGCGGCUGCACUGCUCUAGCAAUGAAAGCUAACAGUCUCAGGUUUCACGGGCUAUAAAUGAGAAAUAAAUCAGGAUAACAGUUCUGACCAGUUGGAAAAAUGCAAUUAUUAAUUCCCGUGGAAAGAUCUGGUCUCUGCAGCCAUUCCUUUAAGGGUCCACGACCGAUCCCAAGCUGGUAGAAAGCAGUGUAGCUUCACCGGCUUAAUGGCACUUAAUGCCCACUUAGCACAGAUAAGGAAUUGUCUCGUUAGGAUGCGGCAGAGUUUUCAGAAGGGAGGCAGCCGGUAGAAAGCCCUGCAAGAAUGGCAAAUCCCACUGCACUAGCUACAGCAUUCAGCCCUCUAAAGAGGGUCUGCAAAAGAGCCUUUCGCCACAAUUAAGGGUUUUGUUUGAACUCUGGGCCUGCCCCAUGGCUGAUUUGCAACCCAAGGUGGUACCACUGAUUGAUAAGAAAAUCAGAUGGAGAUGAUGCCACUUCCUUACACUGUCUUGCUGUUUACUGGGACCCGAUUUUUCACUCACAUCUGUUUGUAGCAAAACCUCCUGCCGCUUACCUGGGGAGCAGGCUCUGAGCCGGUGAUAAAUGUUGAAGCGUUUUGAACUGUAUCUUUAAUAACAGAAGCUAAUUGACGUUUUUCUCAGCAAACCCCCUGCCUUUGAACACGCUUUGUUCUGAAGCAAAAUUCUCCUCCUCAAAGACUGUCUUUAGAGGAACGACGAGUUUUAAAAGGGUGGCUCCUCUGUGCGGCAAGGAGAGUGAACCAGCUGAAGCGUGAGGUGCUGCACAGAGCAGGGCUCGCCUGGAAGGGAAAGCAAAAUUCUCAGAAUCAUUCAUUGCCAAAUUAGUUCUUAUCUUGGUAAUUUUUAAUCAGCAUUCUUUUCUUUAACAGCUUGCUUUCCACUUAUGCAAAUACAUUCAAAAGAAGAAGAUUUUUUCAUGUACAGUGCAAAUCUUGACUUGAUUCUAUAGUCUAAGAACCAAAAAAACCUUACGAGAACUACAAAUGUAAAGGAUUUUCUAUUCUAUUUUAGACAGACAUAUACUUUAAAAGUGUUUAAAUACUGAAGCUAUCAUUUUUUUUUAACCUCCAGUUGUAAUAGCUCAAUGGUUUUACUUCAUCACAGCUCCCAAGGGAACUUUUUUCAAAGCAAAAUGUUCCAUCUGAGUACCCACCAUGAAAAAAAAACAACAACAACCCAAAUAAGCACUUCCCCUGUCUCUGAAUUUCAUCAUUCACCAUGAAAAAGAAAAUGCCAUUGCAGGGCUAAUUUCCCUCUCUAUGGGUAGCACUUGAAUACAUUAAAAACUUAAAAUCAAAGUUGUUGGUAAUAUUAGAAUACCCAGUUGAGCUACACUGCACUAGAAUUACGGUUUAGCUUCAUUUCAUUCAGUCUCCUCAAUUAAAAUAUUUAGCUGUUAAACUGAAAGCGUCUACAUGAAAAAGAAAAAAAAGAAGAAAAAGAAAAAAAAGAAAGAAAAAAAAUAUAAAAACCUUGCCUAAGUUUUGUUAAAUUCAGCAACUUGACAGUUUGACUGAUGUGUAUUAUAUAUAGCUCAAUUAUUCCUUUUUUUAAUGCUAACUAGGCAAGCCAACCACACGUUGGCCUAAAUGUGUAAUUACAAUGAAAUGUCUCCUCUCUAUACUAUUGGCCUUUAGGUAUAAUCCUUGCUAGUGAUGUGGAAAUAAGUAAGGGAUGAAAAGCUAUUUGCUCUUGCUUCUUGUAACUCUGUCGCAGGUUCACAGGCCGAGACAACACGCAGCAUAUUUAUAGCAGCUUUAUCAUCGGUAAAAGGACCAACUGUACCAGGCACCUUAUAUUAUUCAUCAGAUUUGCUUCCACAUUAAAAAUACUCUUAUUUUCCAAGGGAGCGAUCCUGCAGCCUUUCCCUAAACUGCUGGUCCAGCCUGGCACUGAAGGCUGCCUGAGCAAGGGCUGCAGGAGAGAUUCCUGCCCCUCUGUCUUUGGGAUGUCCCUAUGCCGUGUGGUUGGUGGCAGCAGCCUCUUCCCAAGCACGUCACUCUAAAUGCACUUCCUGGGCUCUUUCUGUCAAAGAGAAAUCCCACUUGUCCACAAGCUGCAACUGGAGCCUCCUCUGCUCUCCUACUGCCCCACCAACCCAGCCGGUGACUGGGCCUGCUGAGCUCUCUACCCUGCCCCAUCACCAGUGGACGAUUCAGCCUUCUUCUCUUGCCCAAUCUCCUGGGCGCUGGUAGGGCAGCAGGCCUUGGCCGGUGCGACGCUCAGGAGGAGAUAUUUCUGCGGACAGCAUCUCUUGCCACAUGACCUUGGAAGCAUGUUGGAAAUCUCAGCCACGGACAACUGCAAUACUUUGAUCAAAAAGAAAUGAUGCUGUGAUCCAGUUCCUUCACCCCUGGCCCCUCCUUCCCCAAGUCAAUUUAUGCAAGCCAUAUUCAUAACGCUGCCUGUGGGAGACAAGUAGUCUGUGUGCUAUCAUGGUGUGUUUUAUAAGGAUGAUGGGGAUGAUGAUGAUUUAUGGAGGAUUUCGUGCAGCUGGAGAGUUAAUUCCUGCUUCGAAGCUCAAUGUCUGCUGCCCACCUUCUGAAUAGUGGAAAGUCAAUGGUUCAGUGCCUCAGUGCGUGUGAAUUAGUGUUAACUAACAAGCCAGCUAUAACUGUCGUUAAAUGCCCAACUUUUGAGGAUUCAUAUUUUUUUAAGCAACAAUAUUUAGUGUUGAAAAGUAGCCUUUUAGUUUAGGCAAAAAUGUGCUUUUUAGCAGCUAAUACCUUUUUUAAAAACAAACAAACAAACAAAAAAAAAGCAUAUAGAAUGAAUUUAUGAAAAUUCACGAGGACCAAAGCAAUUUUAAACAGGAAUCUAUUAAUUUAGUAUUCACAUAGAAUUUUAUAAAGUAUUUAUUAAUAAAUGUUAUUUUAACACAUUCCAUUUGAACAGUGUUCUUGUACAGAAUCUGUUUGUUUGUUUUGGUUUUUUUUUUAAGUUACCAUAUUAGUUUUGCAAUAAACUACUCUAGGUGUGUGUUGCAUCUUAAUCCUUCAGGGUCUCAAGCAGAAGUCACCCAUCUAAGAUGGAAGAACUUGCUGAGGUCAGUUGUACAGAAGUUCCUAGAAUUAAGUGUUUUCCUUAAAGCAGCAUCUGCUUCUUUUUUUUUUCUCCCCCAAUUAUUUUUUAUUGUAACAGCAAAGCAGAUUAUGAACCUUCAGUUCUUUGUAUCAGAAAAUGUGCUUUCUUGUCUUUGAAAGCAUGAGUCAACACAUAACUGGAAAGCCUCUUUAACCCCCCCCCCUUUUUUUUAAAGGCUGAUUUUGUACAUCACCAUGGAAGAUCUAACCCAAUUUUGUUUCUUUUCUAAUAUCACAUAGUGAGUUGCACUAUACUGCCUUACCAUUGCCUCUUCUGUCCUCUUCCUAAGCAGUGUUCCUUAGAUUUAGGCCAUUGAAACUCCAUUAUACAUCAGAGAAAAUUACUGGAGAGGGAAGAAGAGAAAAAGAUUGAUCUGUAGACAUAAAAACUAAACUGUGCCUAUAAAAGAAAACCAGUUACAACUAAUUAGUAUCUUAUUUCUACAUUUCAAUUAUUUAUAUUAUUUUUAAAUUGCACUUUAGCUCUCUCUUUCUUGCUCUCCCUUGUUGAAUCAUUUAUAAAUACUCUUGUAAAACAUUUGCACCAAGUACAUUUAUAUGCUUUCACUGGUGGUAUAUCUACAACUUGUCUCUCACACCUGCCCGAACAAAGAGGCUGAAAACAGCCAGUCUGCAGUGUGACUUAGACUUUACACCCUCGUCAUGACAGCAUAUAAAUGUUGUGUUAUGCAAAGUGUGUGAGGCAGCGUCUAAGCUACGUUUCUAAUCUCUCAUCCCAAGAACCAAAGUGUCCUGUAUAUCCUACGGUCAGGAGACUGGCUCUGUUGUGCAUUGUUGUGCACUUUGACUGUUGUCCAACUCACGGUAGCUGCGAAGCUGCAGUGAUAACAGUGGCCAUAUUAUGUAUUAGAGUUCUGAAUCAAUUAAAUAUCUUGUUGCCUUAUAACUUGACUAGGGACAGCACCUUUGAAGAAAAAAAAAGGAAAAAGAGACUAAAAACUUCUAAGGACAAAUAUAAGCAAUAAAAUCUCAAGUGAUUUGAACAGAAGGGAAAAAAAAGGUUCAAUUUUUCAUCAUCUUACUGCAAAGACAAAAGAGACUGUUUACAGCUGUAACCUCUUUCUUUCUCAGUUUUAUCAGUGGCUUUACACUUAAGAGCUAUAAUGCUUACCGUUAUUGGUUUCUAGAGCUUUCAGAAUGACUUUAUAGCAAAUAUUAAGCUGCAUGAGGCCAAAAAUGUCAGUGUUUGCACACACUCACAUAACGAGAUUGAUGUUUUAAGUCAAAAUCUCAUCCUUUCCCAGGCUCUCCUAGGACUGGAAACAAUAAUUGCAACUUGUUAUAUUUAGACCGAUGCGUAAUACCUGGGAUCCAGGAUCUCCAUUUUGACAUGUAUGCAACUUAAACGUUAGUUGAGUUUCACCUGGUUCCCCAAGUUCAUGGUAAGAGCAUGCAGUCUGAUGCCAUGAGACUCUUAGAACUGAAUCUCCCUCUUGAAUUAAAAUCUGUGCAACAGCCUUCGCAAUGAAGGCUGAAAGCUCCUUCUGGCUUUGCAGAAACCGCAUCAGUGUCCGGAAGUGGUGGGGUGGGGAAGGCUGUUAGGGCAUUUCAAGGGAAAUAUUUUCCUUGCUGGGAUUUAGGAAAUUCCAGAGAAAAUCUUUCCCCACCCCUCAGAGCUGAGGUUGCAGAGAGAUCCCUGUCGAAGACACCCUUGCUUCCACAAGAUAAACUAUUUUGCAUGCAAUGUGUAUUUGCUCUUCUGAAUAACUGCCACUGAGAGUUUUGCCAAGGACUUUAUCACUGGGACCCAAGUGUUUCCCAGCCCAUGGCCACGAGCUCCGUACCUGUCUCAGUAACGGCUCUGUUCAAACACUGGGUAGAACUCAUCGGUGACCAUUGCAUCUCUGGACUAUUGCCAUUGUCCUGGUUUUAAGGAACUUUUAGCACUGCUUGGAGUAAGCCUAAACUAUCGAAGUUUAUAUAUAAAUAUAUAGAGAUAUGUUAUAUUAAAAAAAAAAAAGAAAAAAAAAGGUGCUGUCACAGUAAGUUUUGGGCUUGAGGUUGUUUGUAUUGUAUGCAAAGGUUUUGUGUUUGUUUGUCUUCUUCUGUAAAGCAACCACCUUCCAUACUGGAGGGAGAUAAUUUUGUUGUGGUUUUGUUUUGGGUUUUGGUUUUUUUUUUGUUAGGGUGGGUUUUUUGUUGUUGUUGGUUUUUUUUGGGGGGGAGUUGGGGUUUUUUUUUGGUACAUAAGUGUAAAUACUUGCUGCAGCAUUUAAUAUGUUUAAUUUUAUGUUAAGCUUUUUGUUGCAUUGUGAACCCAUUAUUGUUACAAAUGGACAAUAAGUUCAUUGAGACUGUUCAACUAGGUCAGAUUUUUACAUCUCUUUCUAGCUAGAAGAGACAGGAAUUUUGUGCAUUUGUACAAAUGUUAAUAAUAUCACUGCAAUUCCAAUAUAAUAAAGCACUCAAAUACAAAUA